AUGGAAGGGUGCGACCAUGAAGUUUUCUUGAGUUUUAGAGGACCGGACACGCGCACAGGCUUCACCGAUCAUCUCUAUACCCGUCUCACAGAUGCAGGAGUCCGUACGUACAGAGACGACGAAGAACUCCGUGUCGGCGAAGAGAUCUGCCCAGAUCUGCUCGGGGCGAUUGAGCAGUCGAAGAUCUCCAUACCCAUCUUCUCUAAAAAUUAUGCUUCUAGUAAAUGGUGUCUGAAGGAAUUGGCCAAAAUGGUGGAGUGUCGGAAAAGGAAGGGACAGGUAAUCAUGCCCGUUUUCUACUAUGUCGAACCAUCUGAGGUUCGAUACCAAACCGGAGAUUACGGGGAGUCCUUGAUUGUGCACGGAAACAAGAAGCGAGUGGACGAUGAGACCAUCCGAAAUUGGAGAGCUGCCCUCAAUGAGGUUGGAGGGUUAAAGGGAUGGAACGUAGAAAACGUGGCUAGCAGGCACGAAGGACAACUAGUUAAAGAGAUGGUUACCAAGGUUUUAAGUGAGCUGAAGAAGGCUUGUUUGGUGGUUAGUGACUUCUUGGUUGGUGUUGACGACCGUGUGAAAGAAGUUCUGGGGAUGAUAGGCACCGAGACUGACGAUGCAAAGAUUGUGGGAAUCCACGGAAUGGGUGGCAUCGGAAAAACUACUCUUGCCAAAGUAGUUUACAACAAGAUUUCUCGGGUCUUUGAGAACUGUUGCUUUCUUGCUGAUGUUAGAGAAACUUCACAUUCAAAAGGAAUCGAGUGUUUGCAGACUCAACUAAUCUCAAACCUCUCGAGACAGAAACACCCAAGUAUCAAUUCCAAGGAUGAGGGAAUAAUGACGAUAGAAGAGAGAUUUUCGACUAAGAAAGUUCUUAUUCUUCUCGAUGAUGUUGAUGAAAAGGAUCAAUUGAUUGCACUUUUAGGGAGGCGAGGUUGCUUUGGUCCAGGAAGUCGAAUACUUAUAACCACAAGAAAUCUAAAUGUUCUACGUGCAUUCGAAGUAAAAUUGACUUAUUUAGUUGGUGGUUUGGAUCCCGAUAGAUCCCUUCAGCUAUUCAGCAAGCAUGUUUUCAGAAGAGAUCACCCUCCAAAUGAGAAGAUGGAACAGUCUAGAGAAAUUGUGAAGAUAGCCGAAGGUCUUCCAUUGAUUCUGGAGGUUAUGGGUUCGACUUUGUCAAUAUGUGGACAAAAAGAAGAAAUGUGGGAUGAUUACUUGGUGAAGUGGAAAAAAGGUCACAUCAAGGGGAUUGGAAAUAAGUUGAUGAUAAGUUAUGAAACAUUGGAUUUUGAUCAGAGACAAAUAUUUCUUGAUAUAGCUUGUCUUUUCGAUGGAUACGAUUAUAGUGCAAUAAUGUGCAUGUGGAGAGAUUGUGGUUUUUGCCCAACGAAAGGUCUUGAAGUUCUUCAAUUGAUGUCAUUGAUAAAAAUUGGAGAAGAUAAUAAGUUGUGGAUGCACGAUCAACUCAAAGAUCUUGGUAGAGAAAUUGUUUCUCAAGAAAGUGGGGGCCAAUUAAAUAAGCAAAGCAGGCUAUGGAAUCAUGAGGACGCAUUGAAGAUACUACAUAGCAAGAAGAGAAAUGCAAAGCUUGAAGCCCUCUGUUUGAAGUUUGAGAAAUGGUCAAAGUAUCAGUUCACUCUUGAAGGAUUUGCAGCUCUUCCAAAUCUAAGAUUCCUUCAUGUGGAUAGCGCUUCCCUCUCUUAUGAUAGAGUUGAGCGUUUUUUAUCGCAAGCGACACUUCUUUGGCAUAACAAGUCCCCGAUCAUGUCGCCUAAGGAUUUUUCAACGAUCGAGAACCGACUCCUUCCCAAUUUAAGAUGGCUCUCUUGGCAUUAUUUUCCUCGGCGGAUACUCAAGUUAAGCAUUUUUUCGUUGACAAAUUUGGUCAUUCUUGAUUUUUCAUGGAGUACAAUUACUCACGAUUGGGACGGAUGGAGACAUAUUAAGAGAGCAAAGAAAUUAAAAGUUCUUGACCUUUCGGGAUGUGACCACUUGACCAAGACUCCCGAUUUCUCCGGAUUCCUAAUGUUAGAGAGAUUGAUUCUCGAAGAGUGUAACAAAUUGACUGAAGUCAACUCAUCAAUCGGUCAACUAAAGCGCUUGAUUUUCUUGAACUUGCGCCAUUGUUGGAAUCGCAUUAUCCGCGAUGAGCUGGGUGGAUUGCCAUCUCUCACGAACCGCUUCUUGAUGGUUCUCGUAUACGAGAAAUUCCUGAUUGGAAUCACCGAGUUACCCGAGUCUAUGGAGAGUCUGGAGAAUCUAAAAGUAUUGAAGUUAACGGGUAUAUCAGCCCUCCCAAAGCUUCCAGAAAGCUUGAUUUCUCUGGCAAUAGGAUCUCAUGUACCAAUGGCCGAUCCCAAUCUUUCCAACUUGAUCAAUCUGAAACUACUGUUGCUCGUCACCACAGCGCCUGAGAUCUCUAGCCCAUCUGAGUCGGCGCAAGUUCACAAGCUUUGGUGGAUUGGGAGAUUAUCCAAACUGGAAGUUUUGACCCUGGGUCACCAAAGCAUUACUGACCUACCUCCUGAAUUAGGUGCGCUUCCUCACUUGAAGACUCUUCAGCUUUUCAGAUGCCCCGCAUUGAAAUGCAUUCCGCAGAUUCCCUCGAGUGUCACAAAACUUCAUGUUGUAAUAUGCCCGUCGCUAACCACACUUGAUAUCUCAAACUUGAAGAACCUAUCGGAAUUCUUUGUCUUUGACUCACCAGCAGAGGAUCUCUAUGGGCGUGAACUUUCAGACAGUCUGGUAGAAUGGAUUAAAAGUGAGGACUUGCAGGACGCUGAAUGGAAAUUUAUGAAUACGGUGUCUGAACAGCACGGACUCAAAGCUUAUGGGAUUUCCUUCUUUGCUACGUGGGUUUCUGCACUAUAA